GGGUGGGGCGGGGAGCGCCGCUGCGGCAAGGCCGGUCCCCGCGGCGGCUGCUCGCGGCGCCGAGUGCGCGCCUCCCGGGCGGGUUCGGGCCCGAGCGGCGGGGAGCGGCAGAUCUGUUCUGAGGACCAAGAUUCAUUUGGGGGAUGGUUACAGAAUUGAACCAUGGACUUCUUUCUGAUCAAGCAGACAGUUCAGGAUACAGAGUCCAAGGAUGAACGUUCACUGUGGCAGUGAGAGUGACAGGUUCCUGCGGCCAGAGGCCAGCUGCCUGAUGGAUGAAACCUCAGCUGCAGCCCAAGAAAAAGAAACAAAUAAUCUGACUUCUUCUGGUCUUCAAACCCUUGCUUAUCCUCUAGGUCCCAGGAAUGAUGACCUUUCACUCGACCCUGCAUCUCAGCCAGCAAAUCUUCAGUUCCCGCACGUAAUGCCACUUCCCGAAGACAUCAAAGGCUCUUGCUUCCAGAGUGGGAAUAAGCGUAACCAUGACCCCUUUCUUGCUCCAGAACGAUUUGGAAACAGCACUGUGGGCUUUGGCAGUAAUGUUCAUUCCCAGGCACCAGAGAAAGUGACUCUUCUCGUAGAUGGCACACGUUUUGUUGUGAAUCCACAAAUUUUCACUGCUCAUCCAGAUACCAUGUUGGGAAGGAUGUUUGGACCAGGAAGAGAGUACAACUUCACGCGGCCCAACGAGAAGGGGGAGUAUGAGAUUGCUGAAGGAAUCAGUGCAGCUGUGUUUCGAACGGUGCUGGAUUAUUACAAAACUGGUAUCAUCAAUUGUCCUGAUGGCAUCUCUAUCCCAGACCUUAGAGACACGUGCGAUUAUCUCUGCAUUAACUUUGACUUCAACACUAUCCGAUGUCAGGAUCUGAGUGCUUUACUGCAUGAACUGUCUAACGACGGUGCUCACAAGCAGUUUGAUCACUACCUCGAAGAGCUGAUCCUGCCCAUCAUGGUGGGCUGUGCCAAGAAGGGCGAGCGCGAGUGCCAUAUCGUUGUGCUGACAGAUGAGGAUUCUGUGGACUGGGAUGAAGACCACCCCCCACCCAUGGGGGAGGAAUAUUCCCAAAUUCUUUACAGCUCUAAGCUCUACAGAUUCUUCAAGUACAUUGAGAAUCGGGAUGUCGCCAAAACAGUGUUAAAGGAGCGGGGCCUGAAAAACAUUCGCAUUGGAAUUGAAGGUUACCCUACCUGUAAAGAAAAAAUUAAGAGAAGACCUGGUGGCCGAUCUGAAGUAAUCUAUAAUUAUGUGCAGCGCCCCUUUAUCCAGAUGUCGUGGGAAAAGGAAGAAGGAAAGAGUCGCCAUGUGGAUUUCCAGUGUGUUCGAAGCAAAUCCCUCACUAAUCUGGUAGCUGCUGGAGAAGACGUCUUAGAGGACCAGGAGAUACUAAUGUACCACCCACCCCAAGUGGAUGAACUUGACCGGCUAAAUGCCCCACUUUCUCAGAUGGCCUCUAAUGACUUUCAGGAUUAGGGCCAGUUGUGGGUUCACCCCUCUUCAGAGGUUUUCUGUCUGGGAGGCCCACAGCCAGUGCUCCCUGUGGUUUGUCUCACCCUGAGUAGGAGACAUGCUUCUCCCUCAUCCUUUCUCUUUCUCCCAUAAUCAACGUGUGUCCUUUUCAGUCAGUCUGUGCCUCUGGCAGGGGAUGAAAGCACUCACUGGUAAUUAAGCUACCAGCUUUACAGCAGCCUUGGUAACUUGAAAAAUUUGGGUCUGGUGCUGUUCACUGAGUCUUUGCAUUACUGCAAAAGCAGGAAAGGAAGUCAGGACUCCUCUUGCCUCAUGCUCAGCAAAGCAAUCCUCAUCCUUGACACUUUGUUCCUGGCUUUGUUUUGUUUUGUUUUGUUUUGUACCAGGCAAAUUACUGAGCAAAGGGACCAAACUUAAAAGACAAUCUCUGUCUUCUGCAAACAGGCACUAAUGGGAUGCUCAUUAGAGGUUAAUGAAGAUGCCAUUCCUGGUGGCCCGUGUGCCCAGAUUGCACCUGGGAAGAACUGGGCCCUCAUUCAAAAUGUGCAAAAGGAACUUUGUAAGAGCUUCAGUUCAGUUCUGUUUUUCAUUAAUGCAGUGAACAAUCCAACCACACAGAGAGAUUCUCUGACAGGAGGGAUAGUGGCAUAACAAUGUUUAGGAAACCUUUUUAGCUUCAAGGUUUUUGAGCCUAAACAAAUUGAUUAUUCAUUUGGAAUGAAACUUAGAACUGAAGUAGAACUCUCUAAAUCAGGCCACUUUGAUUAUCCUGGCUCGGAAUCUAGUAUGAAGCCACAGGUCUUCACCCUAGGGCAGCACGUUGCUGUGGGUAUCGCUGGGAGACGACAGAUACAGCUUAAAGGCAUUCCAGAUGUGGGCAGAAGUUUCUCACAAGUGCUCAGUUUCUCAGUAGACUUGUAAUAAGAGCUCCAGGGAGGAGGGGGCAUUUGGGGUGAAGCUGGGUGGGGAAACAUCACCUGCUCAGGUUUUGUCCCCAUGCAGAAUUUUUCUUUGUAUAUUCUUUUCAUACUGUGGAAUUUUUUUGCAUAUCAGGCUAUUUCAGUUUUUGAAAUAGCCUAUCAGCUGCUCACACUGGGUAAGGAAACCGUACUAAUGUCAUCCCCAAAGGAAGGAGGAGUUGAAGGGAGAUUAGGCCUAGUAAUUUUGUUUGCUCUUCAGCUAUGGAUUAACAAUGCAUGAUGAUGACAACCCAGAACACACUCCCAGUCCCCCCAGUACUGAUGACCUUCCCUGAUGUCCCAUGGCUAUUAACAGCAGAGCAAAAUUUAGUCUAGAGCCAGGUGUAAGUGUCUUGGGAUUAUCUCCCAUUUUGUGGUAGAGCUUGGCCUUCCAGGUACCUACCCAGAGCAUUUACUCAUCACAGAUUAUGAAGAGGCACAUAGUUUCCUUCAAGUUCUUUAAGAUGAGAACAUGACUGUUUUCUUAAAUUCCAUUCCCGUAAGAUACUAUAAGGCAAGCUACUUGAUUCCAUUUUAUGACUGCCCUAGUCACAAUCCUCCAAAGGUAAAGUCAGAUGGGUAAUGAAAGCUGUUCUUUGCAGGCUUGAACAAGGGUUCUUAAGUGUGUUCUCCGUGCGUGUGAACAGCAUCACAGUGGAAAUCAAUGCUCUGUUCCUUAUGCAGAAAAAGCCCUAGUAAGGAGUUAAACUGAGCCAAUUCCCACGUGCAGAGUUCUUCUGAUUACCAUUGGCAUCCAUUUGUAAGGCUGAUGGCCAGGGUUAAGGUUUAGGGUUAUUUUGUAGCCAGAGGGUAGUUUUAUUUCUGUGAAACUAAUUGGCUCAUAUUUGAGGUCAGGUUUGGCUUUGAGCUUACCUACAUUCAUACAUUCAACUAGCAGUUGACCAGUCCAGGUGAUUAUUUAAUGGUGCUUCCUCUAUGCUUUUCAGUUGACUCCCAUGCCAUCACAAAGGAAAUUUGAAUUAACUAUGUAGUCUCUGACAAGUAUGUGUAACUUCUGUUAUACAGCUUGCAUACUGUUAACAUUCAAGUGUAAACAUGCUCCAGCUAACACUCUAAAACUCACUAGUCCUUGCUUAGGUCAAAAGCCAGGUAUGAAAGUAUGGCAUGUAAUUAACAAGUUGUUCUGUGUGAUUAAUUUCCUCAGGCUGUCAAGAACUGGGUCUUUUUUCCUUCCAAAUUGGGUCAACAUGCUUUUGGCCCCAAACCUUGGAGUUUGAGUGAGCUGGGAAUCUGUAGAGGUAAAUGUGCCAGUGUCACCAGGUGGUGUGUCUGAGGAAGAAGCUGGCCCACAGGUUCCUUCCGGUGGAGAGGGAGGUUUCUUCUGCACCCCAUGCCCUCCCAGCCUGCACUCAGCAUCACUGUGAUUGGGUGGUUCCCUUCAGCCACAGCUGCUCUGUCCCCAGGGCCAGGACAUUCCGCAAUGGCAGGACCUCAGUCCUCGCAGGGACAAGGGCUGGAUUGUGCCCAUUCCCUUCAGAGUCAGUUACUGGCCAGAUGGGCAAGAGGUGUUUCUAAUAAAAAAGCUGGAACUCAGGUCUGGUGUUUUUUCUAAGUGCCUAAAAAGUAAGCCAGGCUGCUUAUACAGAAACAUUUUCACAGGAAAAUGGUUUUAACUCAGGCUGUCUUACUCAGAGGUGUCUCAGCAAGCCAAGAUGAACCUGAAUUUGAGGUUUAGAAUCUGAGUGUGUGUCUGCAUCCUGUCACGUAUAGUUCCUUAGGAAACACUGCCACUGAGGAGCUGGAGAGCAGCAAGGAGAUGGCGUCACAGUGUCUCGUGAGAUUACUUACUGGUUUCCCCAGCAUGGAGGAAAGGUGUUAAAAGGAUGAUAGCUAAAGGGUAAGGAAACUAGAAAGUAGUUGUAUUUACUGCACAAUAUGCAAUAGCCAAUAUUAUUUUAAACUAAAUUCCAGGAGAACUGUGAUACCUGAUGUAUAGAGGUCUAUGAAAGUAUUGUGGAGUAAGCCUGGGAAGGGGGAAUAUAUUUUCAGAUAGUGUCCCAACGGGUCCUUGUCUAAGUAAAAUCAGAGCACAGGCUUUAACUCAAAUUGUCAAAAUGUGAUGUGGAGGCUUUUUAAUCAAGUGCCAAUAGAAAGUUAAGAAUCAGGGGGUAUUAGUAAUUUAUUCAAUGCCACUUCUUGCCAUCGUUUUGAAAUUGUUCAAAUGGGCAUAGUGAGUUCAGAAAGCAAACCUGACGCCUUCAUGGGAGAUGGAGCCACAUUCGCGCUGUGGGUGGGAUCACCUGCAGGAGAACGUUACAUUUCUCAAAGGCAAAAUGCUUGCAGGUUUUGCCCCUUUACUUUGUAUUGACUUUUAAAGUUGCACUUGUUCACCUACCAGUGUUUACGGAAACCUAUGUUUGGGAUGCUUUUUCUAUAAUAAUAAAAUAUUAUCAUUUG